AUGGAGGCACGCGAGACCAAAGACCCAACCCAUGUCGACGAGAAGAUGCCGGAAAAGAGCGAGUACAAGAACGCAGACAAGGCACUUGAGUUUCUCCGGUUCAACGGGGACGCAGAAGAAGGAACGGUCGUUGCUGUUGAUGAAAAGGCAUUGGUCAAGAAGAUUGAUUGGAUGAUCGUGCCCAUCAUGUUCGCAUGCUACUUCCUCCAGUAUCUGGAUAAGUCACUUCUGAACUUUGCCGCAGUCAUGGGCAUCCGAGAAGAUGCCAACCUGACGACAGAGCAGUAUGGUACUUUGUCUUGGCUGUUCUAUCUUGCAUUCCUGAUCUUCGAGAUCCCGCACGCGUAUCUCAUGCAACGACUCCCCGUCGCUAAGUACCUCGGUGGUUGCGUGUGCGCAUGGGGUACUGUUGUCACGUGCACAGCUGCGUGCGACUCCUACGCCUCUCUCGCCGUCUGCCGCUUCCUUCUCGGCGCAUUCGAAUCUGCCAUAAGCCCGUCUCUCAUUCUUGUCACGUCGAUGUGGUACAAGCGUGACGAGCAGCCAAAGCGCAUUGGGUUCUGGUACCUCGGCGUCGGAAUCGCAGUCAUGGUCGGCUCGCUCAUAUCGUAUGGCUUCCAGCACUACAAUGGCGACAAGUUCAACAACUGGCAGAUCAUGUACCUUGUUGUGGGCCUGAUCACCAUCUCUGCUGGCAUUGUCGUCAUCCUCUUUCUUCCUGACAACCCAAUGUCGAGCAGACUAACACAUGAUGAGAAGAUCCUGGCUGUGUCGCGUCUUCGCGAGAAUAACACCGGCAUCGAGAACAAAACCUUCAAGCCGUACCAGUUCCGUGAGGCUCUCACCGAUCCCCAAGUCUGGCUUCUAGCUUUCAUCACGACCGCAGCCAGUGUCCCCAACGGCGCCGUGUCAUCCUUUCAGAGCGUCAUUAUCUCCGGCUUUGGCUUCUCCAACAAGCAAACCGCACUCAUCCAAAUCCCCGGCGGAUUAAUCACCGUAGUCAGCACCCUCAUCGGCACCUACGUUGCUGGUCGCUACAACUGCCGCGGUGCCAUGCUGGCCACCUGGGCCGCACUCGGCGGCAUCGUAGGCGGCGGCAUGAUCGCCUUCAUCCCCGCAAGCAAUCAAGCAGGCAGAUUGGCAGGAAACUACCUCACCAACACGACUGGUUCCUUCUUGCCUCUCGCGUAUGCAUUUGCCGCGUGCAACUUCGCUGGCCACACCAAAAAGGUCACCAUGAACGCCAUCCUGCUCAUGUCCUUCUGCCUCGGCAACAUCCUUGGGCCACUCACCUUCCGCAAUGCAGACGCGCCUGCCUACACACCCGCCAAGAUCACUAUUGUAGCGGUCGAGGCAGCGGUCUUGUGCGGUGUGGUGGUGUUGCUGGUGUACUACCGCGCUGAGAAUCGGAGGCGGGACAAGUUGGGUGCAGGGAGUCAAGGGGAUGGGGAUGGGUUUGGCGAUUUGACGGACCGGGAGAACAAGGGGUUGAGGUACAAGUUCUAG